AAAAAACUGUGCUGACGUCCUUUGCUGUUUCGCACUAUUAUGGUCUGUCGGGAAUUCUGUCGAAGGGAGGGGAGGGGGAUAUCUACUGAACUAGCGCCCAUCAGGCUAACGGUAGGUAGCACUGGAGUAAACAUGGAGCUGUCUGCCGUUGGGGAGAGGGUGUUCGCGGCCGAGUCUAUUAUCAAACGGAGGAUAAGGAAGGGUAGCAUUGAGUACCUGGUGAAAUGGAAGGGAUGGUCGCCCAAAUACAGCACUUGGGAGCCAGAGGAGAACAUUUUGGACUCUCGCUUGUUUGCCGCUUUCGAGCAAAGAGAGCGUGAGAGAGAGCUGUAUGGACCCAAAAAGAGGGGACCAAAACCGAAAACCUUUCUCCUCAAGGCCCAGGCUAAAGUUAAAACUAAGUCUUAUGAGUUCAGGAGCGAGGCAGUCAGAGGGAUGCACAUCACCUAUCCAACCCCCGAGCCGGUCUUCACCCCCAGGGCUAGAGAGGGCCUGAGAGCGGUUGUUCCCACCAUCUUUCCACCGAGCACAAUCAACCGAGGAGAAAGCGUGCGCGUGAUUCCCCACGAGCACCAGCCGUCGCCUCAGCAGAGUGUUUCAGACAGGCUUGUCCAGACACCCAAAAAGAGGGGGCCAAAGCCAAAGCCCCGCUUUAUAGGUGACGGCCGCAGCCCGGUGGUCUUGGAGACAAGCAAGAGGAUAGCUGAGGAGGUGGGGGGGCAAGGUCCUUACAAACUCUCCAAAUUUCAUGGAGAUGAGAUGAGGCUGCAGAAGUUGUCCCACAGACACUCGGAGGACCACCCUCGCAGCUCUAAACACCACUAUCAGCACCACUAUCAUCAUCACCUCGCACAGAAACUGUCCAGCGGCGGUUCCUACAAACGGUUCCUUUCUCACCACAGCACACACCCACACAGGACGAAGGACCGCUGCAGCUAUCUGGCAGCAGCUCAGGUCAAACACCAUCAGAAAACCAACCAGAGCAGAAGUGGAGCCGCCGAGUUCCCGCAGAUGGAAAAGCCUUACUUUCUGGACAGGCAGUCACCAACCAAGUUGGACGACGACGACCAGGAAGAAACGACCUGGAGGCCGAGCCUCAGCGACGUGGAGAAGGUGCUGGUGACGGACGUCACCGCCAACUUCCUGACUGUCACCAUCAAGGAGAGCAGCACCUCAAAGGGCUUCUUUAAGGACAAAAGAUGAUUCUGAACCACUUUGUUUUUUCUGACUCUGAAGUAUAUGAGAUAUAAGCAACACGGUUUUGUAUAUCGUGUAUAAAGGCUAAUUACUUUCUAAUAUUCAUAUGUGUAUAAAUAAAAUGUUGGACAUAUAUUGAAUGUAUUGACCAAAUAAAAUGAAGUCGGUUUGACCUAGGGUGUCAGUGAAUGUGAUGCUUCCUUUACAUGAGGAAGCAACCCACUGUACAGCACUCCUGGAUAUCACUAUUUUCCUGCUGAAUUCAGUAACAUUAGUUUUCUUUUCAGUAUAUUCUCCAAGUUUAGUUAAAUCAAGAUGACUCUUUAAAAGCUACAUUUAGUCUGUAUUAACUUGGCUGCUUAAGAAGAGGUUUGUAUUUAAAAAUGAACUCAAGCACUUUUACUUCAGACAUAUUUAAAAUAUAUACAUAUAUAUAUAUUUGUUUUCCUAAGGAGUUUAGUAUUUUUAGCAUAAAGAAAAAACUUUUGUCCAGGUUUCAUACUUCAAACUUUUCCCGUUACAACACCCCAUUUUAUAUUUUCCUAGAAAUGUUUGCUGUAACAGAAAGUUUUUAGAUGCUUUGCAAUAAAUCAGUUGUUUGAGCUUAGUGGUCUUCUUUUUUUUUUUCUAACAGGGGACUUCUUCUAAACUACAAAGACUACCUAAAGUUUUAUAUAUCCUAUAAAAUAAAUAGAUGGUUGUGACAAAAAAAUCGAUUUUUAUUCUUUCAAAAAGACUAAUUGGUAAAAUCACUUUCAAAAUGUGUUACUAUGAAUCCCUGAGUAGGAAGUUUAGGCCUGCUAGAAUAAAAAAAGAUGGUUGUGUUAUUUAUUUAUUUUUAAUGCGAAGCUUUUUCAUUUUAACUGAAAACCAAGCUAAACCUUAAUACAGUGGCAUCUCAACACAUUUAUAAAAUAUAAUUUUUUUAUAUGCAGUUUAGAAACGCGCGCCUGCGUGCGCACUGUCGGUCUGCGUUUAUAUAUAUAUACUUUUUUAUCUCAUUAUUUUUAAACCACCCAGUAUGUAUAAAGUGGGCUGAAUUAAUAAAAUUAAUAAACAAAUAAUGAACACACAGGCUUAGAUCGGAAGGAAACCGGACCUUGUCUCAGUUUUCUGAAGACUUUUAGACGUCUAUCCAGGAAUCGUUUCCAUAUCUGUUGGCGCGCGCCAGACUCCUGGAAACGAAAAUCUGCCUUCCAAUCUAAGCCUGUUUGUGGUUGCCAUGACACCGGAUGACUGAUCAUUUACAGACAAAAUAAAGAACAACAAAUGCGUUUACAUCAAGCAGCAAAUGGUUCGACUUGUUAAAACUUUAACAGAUAAAUAUUAGGUUUUACCUGCAGGUUCCAAUGCGCGCUUAUUUUGAAAAUAUCAAUAUGUAGGUUUAAAGCUUAAUUAUAAUAAUAAUAAUGGGCUAGG